CAUUUAUACGGGUGGAUAGUAGCUAGGCGCUUCAGUCUCUGUUUGGACCGCGAGACGUGAGUAUGGGGUAUCAGCGCGUUGUCGUGAAGUGUAUCAUAUAAAUUGAAAACAAACCGAGAGACUCAACACAAACUUGCUUGAUAAUUCACCACGAGAAAAGAACACGAUUUGCUGCAGGGUGUCAUCGAGCUUCUACCGUGUAUUGCAAUCAACGGGACAUCGAAGUGAGAACUGUCAGUCGUAAAUGCGGUGAAUCGAUCGUGUAACACGCGAAAGUCGUACUUCACUUUGCUCGAUGUAAAAGAACGGUUUCGUGGGCGAGAAAUCGAGACGAUUUUUGAAUUAAAUCGUUCGUCGAUGCGAGACUCGUCGCGUGUGCUUGUCAGGGAUACGUGAAGACGGUUUCUCUCGUGGAUACAGCUGACAAAGGUAGCGAGCAGCCAAAAUGUCGGUGCUUCUGGAAGCAAGGUCUUACAGACCUUUCAAGUCUUCGGAGGAGUAUCUGGUCGCGAUGAAGGAGGACCUGGCCGAAUGGUUGAACGCUUUGUAUCCGGAAUUGAGAAUCAACGUUGACAAUUUUAUGGACAGGCUGGACACUGGCGUCGCUCUGUGCAAGCACGCGAACAACGUACGAAAGUCGGCGGCCGAGUACGUGGCACGUCGCCAAGCGCGGAAGAUCUCGAUGACACGAUCGAUAACCUCUUCGCUGGCAUUGCCGAUGUCGCAGCUGAGCGACGUGGCUUUCUUGCCGAACGCGAAAGCCGGCACCUUCUUUGCACGCGACAACGUGUCCAACUUCAUUGGAUGGUGCAGGAACAGCCUUGGUAUCAUAGAGUGCCUUUUGUUCGAAACGGACGACCUUAUUAUGCGAAAGAACGAACGGCACGUGAUUCUAUGCUUGCUAGAAGUGGCUAGAAGGGGCGCGAAAUUCGGUAUGCUGGCGCCGAUGUUGGUACAGAUGGAGAGACAGAUCGAUCGGGAGAUCGCGGCUGAGAACAAAGCCGCGAACGGGGCGCAUGGAAAUGGCGGGAACGAAGAGAGCGACGACGAGUACGCGGAUAUGCAACAGGAGGAACCUUGUCUCAUCUACGGACCCCAACCUCAGAUCGUCACCAACGACCUGAAGAGUCUCGACGAGAUGGUUCGGGAUCUGGUUGAGAGGUGCACCUGCCCUACCCAGUUCCCUAUGAUCCGUGUAUCCGAGGGAAAGUAUCGAAUUGGAGACACAAAAGUGUUGAUUUUCGUGCGAAUUCUACGAAGUCACGUUAUGGUGCGAGUCGGUGGAGGCUGGGACACCCUCAGUCACUAUUUGGACAAACAUGACCCGUGUCGAUGCAGAACCUCGCAUCGCUCGAUGAUCUCAGCGAAGUUGAUUCAAAAGGCUGGAGGGUCCUUCGACCUUGGCAGCGCGCAGGUGCAUUACGAAAGAUCACCUCCUAGAACUCGGCGAAGUUCGGCGUCUAGCGUCGGUUCUUGCGCCGGUGGUAUACAGAAUCAGCCGUCGACGCAGCUGCACGCGGCCAGAAGCGUUUCCAGCAAUCGUUCCCGAUCUCCCACGCCUCACCAGCCAGCAGCCGGUAAACAACAGACGAACGACGAGCAGAGGAAGAUCAAUCGGUCGAGGAGUCCCACGCCACAGAGGAAAUUCCUCGCCAGUCCGAGCCACCAGCCUGUCGAUUUCGGGAAACAGCGAUCGAGAUCGCCCACCCCGAAGGCGCAACAGUUCAGAUCGAACAGCCCUGCGACGAAAGGGGAACACGCGAGGAUCGGAUGCAGCGUCGUUGAUUCGCCCAGCAGAAGUUUGAACGAGGAUGCCCGCUCGCCGGCCCAUCAUGGAAGGCAUCAGGAAGUUAAGGAUGCAAGGAAGGAUCUCCAGCAGGAAAAUCGCGCGAAAACAGCCCUGUCCGAGGAGUUCACGAAACGAUACGUGGUAGAGGGUGGCGUGGCGCGAAGGGCGGUAGAGAAAGACGACACGCCGAAGUACGAGCCGACGAUCUAUAAUUACAAGUGUCGCGAAGAUUCCAGUAGUCGUAGCCCGACACCUAGCCCUCCGGCGAUCAAGGAGGAGCCGGUGUUGGAGAACUUCGGCAAAGACGUGACGAGUAACGCGCAUUACAGCAGCAAAUCUCCUCACGGCGAUGGAGAACAUUCGGACAACUGUAGCGAGAUGUCAGACGAGGGUUAUCGAAGUUUGGGAGCCGUCCAGCCACCCAGCAGCAACGGAAAUCCUGGAACGUGCACGCAGGGCUCGCCCACGGUUGCCGAUUGUCAAAAGCAACCCGCGAAGCCCGAUCAAGAGGAAAGAUCCUGCGUAGAGACAGAAAGCAUCGAGACCGGCCUACGAAAGACUCGAAUAGGUCCAGCGAGUCCUCUGCGGAAUUCACCGUCCAGAAGCGUAGCCUCCUCCUCUGGUGACCGGACUCCACGCGCGGGUUCCAUAGUCCGCGAGAACAGCAACGUGUCCAGAGCCUCUUCGGGCAGCAGGACGCCAAGGGACAGUAACUCCAGCCCGGAAGGAAGCCCUUUGAAACGAGGUGCAAUCCGGAACAGCCUUCGCAAGCCUCCAACAGGUAGCUUGAGCAAGGCAUCGUCACCGGUACCAAAGUGUUGUCAGUCUCCGGUGAGCGGUAGCAAUACCUGGAACGGUAGACAGGCUAAGCAAAGGCCUAGCAUCCAGUCGGACACAUUUCUGAACCCUCAGGGAUCAGCCACCUGCACCACGACGCCCAGUUUCUCUAGGAAGAGCCCGGCCAGACAGAGUCUGCCCAGACAAAGUACCAACGGCGUCCAGUACGACAGAAACGGGCGAAGGAUCAAGCCAUCCACCGGGUCCCUUCAGUCGUCGCCCACCAAGGUAGCGAAUCCUCUGUUAGAACAGAUCCUUCAGAAGGUGGGCCAUCUGCAAGACGAGCGCGAGGUGGUGCAGAAGCUGCAGGACCUACUGAGGGACUACCAGUCGCACGGAUCCGGCGAUGCCAACAUGGAGUUCACCAGGGCGUGGAUAGACGGUAAUGGUACGGUAGCGUUGCCACAGGACAAUCAAAUGGCGGCUAGUCCUCGGAAGGACCCGAAAGCCGCCUCGGAAAGGGGAGGAUUCUCGAGGAUACCCGCGCCGGUGUACAAAAGGCCCAUGUCCGUCGCGUCGGACAGCGUGUGAAGCUUUGCCGGGUGGGUAGACUCUAAAGGUGUUCGCGUAAACGCGUCGAUGUUUAACCUGCGCGUACAUCGGGUUCUCUUCGUCGCGACGUCCUCGAUCUCAGCGAUCUUUGACCAGGGGGUUUGUCGAUGAUCACGGUGACACGCGAGGGGUGGACUGAACGCGUUCCAGUUAGAAGGAACUAAUUAGACUGUUUUGGAAUUGAGGGUGCUUAAUUGAUUUAAGUGACACUUUAGAGAUAGGUGAUACACCUUGGGCCUAUUAAGGAAUGACGGUUCAAAUCGAGCUUACCAACUAACAUAUAACACUCCCAGAAAGUAAGUAAUAAUACUGUCUAGGUGCACUAGGUGUUCAUGAAGUGGCCUAAGCCCGCAUUCCCCUCAAACCUCGCGAACGUUCAAACGACCCACAACUAUUUUCCACGUAGAGCAGAUUAUUUUUCUCUGAUAACAUAGCGAAUCGUGUUAGAUUGACGAUGAAAAGAGUCCACCUUUCCGCGGGAUCGCAGAUCGAAGGCGUCCGAUUCGAGGGAAAGUUAACGGGCCUUAACGGUGCACGGGGUGAAAUCAGUUAGCGGAAAGCUCGUAGGAGUGACGCGUAUAUCGGGGUGGUGCUUGGAUGGUGCUGAACGAGGUAUAACGUUCGUGAUGCGAAUAAGACUGUAUGUAAGGUGAGCGAUAUGAAAAAAAAAAAAAAAAAAAUGGAAAGAUGGCAGGUAGGUAAAGAGGAGCAGACUCGUCUUGUCGACGGACGAUUUCAAUUGGCGAACGUACACAGGGAAUUUCGAGCAGGCAAUUAGCUUGUGCCGGUGUCUUGCGUUAAUGGCUUCCCAAUCGAUUUGCUUCCAGUCAGUUAAUUGCACCCCGGCUGACAGCUCGUCGAUUGAUCCGAGACGAGAGAUUACACCUUGCAACGUGGACACACACGCGACCUGUGCUCGGUUCUCUCUUGUCGCGACGCUUUGCGUGAUCGAUAGCUCCUUUCAUUUUUUUCUUUUUUAUCUCGAUGACUUUUCAUGUUUUCCUUUUGCUCGUGAAUGGGUUAAGUGUGAUUCUUCAACGUUAAACGGAGACUGAAUUAUUGAUUGAUAAAUCGGACUGAACGGUGUUUGGUGUGAAUGUUAAGAGGUUUAGGUAUGAUUGAAAGAUUCUUUUUUCUCUAAUUAUCUAGUUGCUUGUUACUUGGUACUAAUUUUUUAAACAACCAAAAGAAAAGCAGCAUUUGAUCACAGGAGAGUUUGAAAGGGUAACGCGUGUUCGCGAUUUUCUUAGCUCGGUAGCAUCACGAUCGACGAGCGUAAAUCUCGAUCCCUCGACGACGAACGUUUCCCCGACGUAGAAGGUCGUCGAGAGAUCGACGAGAAUUUUGAGUAUCGCAGUCAGAAUUUCUAUGUUCGAACGUUUGCGAGGGUCAGUCUGACCAAGGCUGACCGACAGAAAUUAUUUAUUUUAUAUAGUCUAUCGGUUGUAUUUAUUGAAGACGAUUUAUUUACGCGUUGCGAGUUCGCUCGAUGAAGGAAAGAGAAACGACGACGAGAAGCGGAAUGAUAGAUCCUUGUUUAGGAUUCGACUAGGAGACAACUAAAAAGGAGAUUCGGUAGGAAUUUCUUCGUGACGAAAAAUCAAAUUAACCCCCGAAAAAAAUUAAGAAAAACAGACUGCAUUAAUUAUUGUAGAUAGUGACGUGUCGAUGCAAAACGCCAUUCCAAUGUUUCACUGUUUUUUAUACCAAACGCGAGUGUAGCGGCAUUUUUUAUCAAGUGUCCUGCGGUAGCUGGCGUUUCCGGCGGGACUUCGCGAUCCUUUUGCAAUUUUUCGAAAAAAGAAAAGGGAUGAGAACAUUUCGUAGAUUUUCUAGAUAAAUGAUACGGUAGAUUUUUUAGGAAAAGAAUACUUUUUAUUCUCUUGAAUACAAAAUCCUUCCAAAAUCAAUCGCGCGAACGUAACCUGGCAAAUGUAAAAGGUAGAAAAUGUCGAGCAACUAUUUUUUAUAAAUGUGUUCUCUAGAGAUACUUGUUCGCGUGUGGCCUAAACGUAAUCUCAACCUAUCGACGUCCCGCCAGCGAAGCCACUUCUGCUUGUUACGAAUUAAGAGGUACACUUCCGUCAGGGAAGCAGAGAAAAGAGGUUUAUUUUGUUGACGAGAUCGUAACGCGAAACGAACAAACAAAAAAAAAAAAAA